AUGGACGGACCGGCGGAAAAUCUCGAGGGGAUUAGCGUGUCGGGCGACGCAGAUUUUAACCCGCAGAAAACUUACUCGAAUGUAACUUCUGCAUUCCGUCUGGCCAGGAAAGCGAAGGUCCGCAAGCACACUGGUCACGCUGAUCCAACGGCGAAACUAAUCGCUUACCCACAGGAACAGAUCCAAACAAAAUCAGAAAACAAUCCUCGUUCAAAGCCUUUAAAAAAAAGGACCCAGGCUCAACAUAAUUUUGAACGUCCCAACAAAGGAGACGAGGCGCUCGGCGUCACCGGC